AUGUCGACAGCAAAAGAUCUGUUGAUCGCGCAAUUAGACACGAUCUCUCAAGUGAAACGCGUGCUCGUGAAUUACAAGAAGUUGGCUAAGGUCAAUAUUACCCUGCCAAAAAUUCAAGAACGAUUGGACGAGCUUACGUCGCUCUGGGCAUCCUGCAGGGAGCUCCACGUCAAGCUCUUACAAUCUACGUCUUCAGAUGAACGGGCGAAGGUUGCCUACUUCGUCGAUGAAGAUUUUCUAAUCGCUGAGGAUGUCUACCUCGAGACGGCCGAUACGCUCCGUGAUAUGAUAAGUAAAUUAAGCGUCUCUUCACCGCCUUCUCUCGAUCGUAGCACUGACUCCUCGUUUCGCGACAGUAAUAAUAAUGGUUUCCAGUUGCCUCGUAUUACGCUUCCGAAAUUUUCGGGGAAGUUUUCCGAAUGGGAAAGCUUCAAGAACACUUUCGAGUCUCUCGUUGCUAGUAACGGUACGCUCACUAACACUCAAAAGUUUCAUUACCUGAAAACAAGUGUCAUCGGUGACGCUGCCUUAAUAAUAAAUAAUUUAAAGAUUUCGGAUCCGAAUUACGAAUCGGCGUGGCAACUCUUAAUUGCCGAAUAUGAUGAUGAGGCGACCUUGAUUAAUACUCACUUGCAUGCUUUCAUGAGCAUGCCCGUUAUGAAACAUGAAAGCGUAGGCGAGUUAAAGAGAUUGCGAGACACGGUGGCUGCAUCGCUGGCCGCGCUGACGAAUUUGAGUCGACCGGUUGCUCAGUGGGACGAUAUGCUUUUAAUGGAAAAGGGGGGAUUUCAAUUAAGGAAAUGGGCAUCAAAUUCGAUCGAACUUCUCAAGGAUUUGUCUGUUGACCAAUCGGAAGUAACCGAUCAUCUAAUCCUGACGGAAGAUUCACUUAAAGUUCUCGGCCUGUCAUGGAUGCCUAACGAAGACGUGUUUCGCUUGGUCGUGAACUCGACCACCCCCAGCGUUCCUACCAAACGCUCAAUUCUUUCAUUUAUCGCGAGGCUUUACGACCCUCUCGGAUGGGCCGCUCCCGUCGUGAUCGUGGCAAAAAUAAUACUUCAAGAGCUGUGGUUGUUACAUUGCGAAUGGGACUCUCUCAUCUCCGAUGAGUUAACGUCCCGUUGGAAUUAUUUUGUAUCAGAAUUUCACAAAUUAGAAAUGAUCAAAAUUCCACGGUGGACUGGUCAAGGUCCACAAACUCUCGCGCUAGAGAUACACGGUUUCGCUGACGCGUCAAAUCGAGCUUAUGCCGCCGUCGUAUAUCUUCGCGUCUAUCAUUCGCUUUCAGACUUCGCAAUAAAUUUAAUCGCAGCAAAAACAAAGGUCGCGCCCGUGAAAACCGUGAGCAUCCCGCGUCUAGAGUUAAACGCGGUAGUGUUAUUGAGUCGCCUCGUAAAGUGGACUGUUAAUUCGUUGCAGUUAGUUGGAACUCCGAUCCAUUGUUGGACGGAUUCCACGAUAGCUCUGGCGUGGUUGCGCCAGCACCCAUCAAAGUGGAACACAUACGUGGCCAACCGCGUGGCUGAAAUACAGAACAAUUUGCCAUCUACUCGGUGGAGUCACGUACCAUCGGCAGAGAACCCGGCGGAUUGUGCGUCGCGCGGGCUAUCCGCGUCUGAGUUAGUGUCGCAUUCGCUAUGGUGGACGGGACCACCAUGGCUUCGGCAACCUUCAACGGCUUGGCCGAUUCAUGAUAUGACGAAUACUAGACCCACUAAUGAACUACAGCAAGUUUCAGCUGAACUGCGAAAAACCAAAGUUCUUCACAUUGAAGGUGAAGAAGAGUGGGAUCUACUUUACAAAUUUUCAAGUUGGACGAAGCUCGUCCGAGUGACGGCUUACGUCCACAGGUUUCUCGCCUUACUGCGGAAGGAAAAGGUUCGUAAAUUUAAAAAAGAUUCGACACUGAGCGUCGACGAGCUUAAACGGGCCGAGCAAUUCUGGCUGUCUUAUGUCCAGCGGAGAGCUUUCAAGGUCGAAUUCAAAACUUUGCAAAAGACUGCCACGAUUUCAAAAAAGAGUUCCCUUCGAACUUUUGCUCCAUUCUUAGGAAAAGAUUCGGUACUCCGGCUUGGCGGGCGGUUGCGACACUCCGCUCUUAGCUACGAUGAGCAACAUCCCGUAAUCGUGCCGCGCGGACAACUCGCUUACCUUCUAAUCGCUCAAGCUCAUAAGAGUACACUCCACGGUGGAGUUCAAAUCGUGCUGCGCACCCUUCGUCAGAAUUAUUGGUUAAUGGGAGGGCGAAACUCCGUCAAGGGAUAUAUAAGACAAUGCAUCCCUUGCGUACGUCACUCGGCUAAACUUUCGAGCCAAUUCAUGGGAGACCUCCCGUCUCCACGCGUCAAUCCGUCGUCUCCAUUUGCUCAUACGGGAGUGGAUUAUGCUGGCCCUUUCUUAGUCACGCCGUUCGUUGGCAGAGGCCAAAAAACCAGAAAAAAUUAUAUAGCUUUGUUCAUCUGCCUCGUCACGAAAGCAAUCCACGUAGAGCUAGUCGAAGACUACUCUAGCGCUGGGUUCCUCGCCGCCUUUCGGCGAUUUGUGAGCCGAAGGGGCUUGCCGUCCAAGCUAUAUAGCGAUAAUGGAACGAACUUCCACGGGGCUGACAAGGAAUUGAACGACGCGUUCAGCGCCUUGAUGAAGGAUUCGUCACUGCACGACAUCCUUGCAAAUGACAAAAUUGAAUGGAACUUCAUUCCGUCUGCGGCUCCUCACUUCGGUGGGCUAUGGGAGGCGGGAAUCAAAAGUCUCAAGUCGCACUUAAAACGAGUCGCCGGUUCGCGAACUCUGUCACAGGCCGAAUUCGCGACGUUAUUAUGCCAAAUCGAGGCGUGCUUAAAUUCUCGUCCGAUCGCGGCAUUAAGCGACGAUCCGAGUGACCUAUCGGCACUCACUCCGGGUCAUUUCCUGAUCGGGCGCCCCAUAAUUGCGAUACCGGAGGAGUCAGUGCUCGAAAGUAAUGCGAAUCGACUAUCGCGAUGGCAGAUGGUCCAUUCUUUAGUCGAACAGAUUUGGCGCUCGUGGUCACAAGACUACUUGCACUCCCUGCAGCAGCGGCGUAAGUGGUCGGAAAAAACGUCUUGUUUUCGCAUAGGAGAACUCGCCUUGUUGAAGAAUCCCUUGCUCCCUCCGAGCAAGUGGAACCUAGCGCGAGUCACGCAGAUUCAUCCCGGCUCGGAUGGACUCGUGCGAGUAGUUACGGUGAGAACUGCGAGCUCGAUCCUGAAACGACCAAUUACGCUACUGUGCCGGCUGCCAAUCAAUAGCAAUAUUUGA